AUGAAUUAAUCUCAAUCUACUCAUACUAAUAAUUCUAGAUUUGUAUCAUUGAAUAAGGAUCCUCUUGAGAAAUACAAACAAGGGUUAAGAUAAAAGUUUAUGUAGAUGUACGAUUAAAUUGAAGAAUAAAGAUUUCACCAGCCAAUAACUCCAUAAGAAGGAACAAUAUUUUUAACUGAAUAAUAAUCUCUUAGAUCUCUAUUAAACUCAUCCAGAAGACCAUCAGAAAUUGAAUCUUUUCAAGAAGAGUGUCUAAUAAUCCAAAAAGAAAAUUAGUUUACGGAUCUGUAUUAAGCACCAAAAGAAAUAUCAUUAUCAUACACUUAAAAAAGACAUAAAAAUAGGAUUUUUGAUCCCUUACCUAAUGUUAAUCCAAUUUUAAAGAGUCUUCUUGGUAGAUCUCUAUUGUAGCAAUCUAAUACCAAGUUACUUUAAUAAGAAUAAAGUUGUUAAACUAGUUUUAAUAUCGAAAAAGAAAACAAACUCUAAACUCAAUCAGCCAGUCUCUUAUUACCUAAAUCAACAAUAGGUAUCUAAACUGCAGAUAUCCCAAUUAAAUAAGAAAAUGUUUAAGUUUAAUGUAGUUUUCAAUAAAGCAGAUGUGAUUCAGAGAUUGUGAAUAUUUAAUCAUAUUUAGACAGACAUUAUGAUUAUCUUUAAUAUUAACAACAUUCAAAUUGGAAUCCCAAUAUCUCUGAACUUAAACUAUUAAAUAUGUCAGAAGAUUAUUAAUACUCCUUUUGCAAUAUCUGUAAAUAAUUUGUCAAAAAUUAUAUGAAUUAGAAUAAUAACCAUUAAAAGUUCUGCAAAGUACAGAUUUAUGAAAAUACACUAUCAGAAUUAAUUGGAAAAUUUCAAUACCUCUUAUCGUAUGAAACUAAUUUACUGAGAGAUUUUGAUGAAAUGUGCAAAUGUACAAGAAGAUAUUGUUAUGCAGCAUUAGAAAUAUGUACAUUAUUGAGAUAAACUCAAAUUCAAAGAAGAAUAGAAUAAUUAACAUAGGAUUUGAUUAAAGUUAAUCAAGAAAUACAAAAAAAUAAGAAUAAGCAUUCUCUGAAAAUUGCUUAAUUAUUCUAAUUUUUAAUCUUACAAUUAUAGAAUUGA